UUAAAUAUAAAAAAAAAACAAAACAAAGCGAAAUAAAAAGAAAGUCUUUUGUUUUUUAAAUAACAUUAAUAUUAAUGAAGAAAUAAUGAUAUUUGAGAUGCAGAAUGUUGUGCAUAUUUCAGACUGUUGUAACGUUUGUGUUUUAAGGUCGUGGUAUUGGGGAUCCUCGAAGCGAUCCAAAGAGAACAGACCUGGAGACUCAGGAGAGAGAGGCCAGACAGUCUGAUAUACAGAUGCUACCAGUGCGCAAAAACAGAUAUAGGCGAUCGGUUCCCAUAGAGAGGCAAGAGAAGCUGGACUACCUAUGCGAGGUGUUUGAAGGGUUCCAGGGUGGUCACGCCGGUCACAUGGGGUAUUUCCGGCGCAGGGGUAGACUGGAAACACUGGACGAGCAAGGGCUUACAGACUUGGACUUGAGUUUGGGGCAGAGACGAUUUAGGACAAGAACGUGCUGUAGGAAGAUAAGACAUCACCGUUACCGUUGUUUUGACGACUAUCAUAUCCGGAGAAUCGACGACUUCUGUGGUGACGGAUUUCCGGAUAUUCCCUUCCCGGCACACACGACAGACUGGCACACGAAUCGACAAGUCCAAUGCUGCGGACUCCUGGCUAUGGAUCGAAUCCAAUGUUUCCAGACGACCCUAAGCGGGGCCCCUGAGGGGGAGAACCGGCGCGACGAUCUCGAUCCUGCAGACGAUGCCUCCCACUAUAUCGACGGUAUUGAUGAAAUCACCAUACAACCUCUGGUUUCUUCUGACAUUGCCGUGGACCGUCCCUCAGCAUAUCCCUCAGUAGAAGACGAGGGAGACAGAUUACAGAUCCGCAAACCUACAACUCCUUCGAUGGGAACAAACGACGUGUGUUGUGCUGCUGGCAGCUUGGUCGGUCUGGAAGUGACCUCAAACAAACUGCGGACAUGCUCACGGAAAGCCCGCCAAGCCGGGCAGAUGUUCAUUGGUCAGAACCAAGAGCUGUGCGAGACCAUGGUUCGCACAUGCUGUCUGCGAGUAGCUAUGAAUUUGGAUGACGAUGACAGUUAUGAAGAUGAUGGCGAGAGUUCAACAGAAGAUAGGUUAUUGGCCUCGGUUAUUUCCGCUACCAGUGCCUCAGACACUGAAGAUGAUAAUGAUGACGGUUACGAAGAGAGAACGAGAGGCCGUGGAAACGGCGACCAGAGAGACGCAGACGACGCUGAGAGAGGAGACCGCGGGAACGGCGACGAGGAUCGUGGGGGACCGGGGAACGAGCGGAGGAGAGGCCGAGCGGGUAGUCCGAGGCGACACAGCCGACACAGAAAUGAGCGACGGUCGAGACGACGUGGGAGGCGACGGCAUAGGGAUCGAUCCUGAUUCUUUUCUCACUGACCAUCUCUCAAACUUUUGCACUUUUUCUCUUCUCAUGCAUUUUAACUGUUUGCUUGUUGCCAAUAUUAUAAACCAAGUGGGGAUGGACAACAUACUACAUGUACUCCAAAGCCACCAAGCCUUAAUGUUC